AUGAUAUUAUUCACUAGCCUGCUGAGGAGGGGACUCUGUGUGAAACCAUUCUGGAACCAUCGUUACCAAAACGCUUCGGUGGUAUUACUGAAUGAGGUUGUAUUGUGAGUAUGCAUACCAAAUACACUUUUCUUUAAAGCUAGUUACAGUACAAAGACAUGGCAACAGCUAGCUGGCAAUGAUUGUAUGGACUAUGGACAACCAAAUACUUGGUCGUGUUAAAUAGCUAGCUGACGUUAGCUAUAUGGCUUAUCAACAGACCUCCAGGACUCUGCAUCUAUUCUAACUAUGCUCUUCUAUUUCUGGUACCCUCACUCAUCUGGUGCUCUUUCUCUAUCUUGUAGCAUGACUGCAUUGUCAGACUUGGAGCCUGUUAAAAAGAGACUGCGGGUUGAAGUUGGCCUCCCAUCACCUGUCAACUCAAGGAGCCCUCUUUCAUUGGCUUUCAAAGGUAACACUCCCUGAGCAGGGAAGAUAAAUCAUUCUCUGCAUAAUCUGACUGGAGGUUUUUAUCUCCAGUUCAGUUUGAGUUUGAUGUGUAUAUAUAUUUUAAUGUUGCUGAUAGAUUGUAGCUUCCAUCAAUGUAAUUGUGUAUUAAUAUAUAUAUAUAUAUACAUACAUUACCAGUCAAAAGUUUGGACACACCUACUCAUUCAAGGGUUUUUCUUUAUUUUUACUAUUUUUUACAUUGUACAAUAAUAGUGAAGACAUGAAAACUAUGAAAUAACACAUAUGGAAUCAUGUAGUAACCAAAAAAGUGUUAAACAAAUCAAAAAUAUAUUUUAUAUUUGAGAUUCUUCAAAUAGCCACCAUUUGCCUUGAUGACAGCUUUGCACACUCUUGGCAUUCUCUCAACCAGCUUCUUGAAGUAGUCACCUGGAAUGCAUUUCAAUUAACAGGUGUGCCUUCUUAAAAGUUAAUCUGUGGAAUUUCUUUCCUUCUUAAUGCAUUUGAGCCAAUCAGUUGUGUUGUGACAAGGUAGGGGGGUAUACAGAAGAUAGCCCUAUUUGGUAAAAGACCAAGUCCAUAUUAUGGCAAGAACAGCUCAAAUAAGCAAAGAGACACAACAGUCCAUCAUAACUUUAAGACAUGAAGGUCAGUCAAUACAGAAAAUGUCAAGAACUUUGAAAGUUUCUUCAAGUGCAGUCGCAAAAACCAUCAAGCGCUAUGAUGAAACUGGCUCUCAUGAGGACAGCCACAGGAAAGGAAGACCCAGAGUUACUUCUGCUGCAGAGGAUAAGUUCAUUAGAGUUACCAGCCUCAGAAAUUGCAGCCCAAAUAAAUGCUUCACAGAGUUCAAGUAACAGACACAUCUCAACAUCAACUUUUCAGAGGGGACUGUGUGAAUCAGGCCUUCAUGGUCGAAUUGCUGCAAAGAAACAUUACUAAAGGACACCAAUAAGAAUACACCUGCUUGGGCCGAGCAAUGGACAUUUGCGUUUGCUAAUCCAAGUUUAUCAUUUUAAAAGGCUAAUUGAUCAUUAGAAAACCCUUUUGCAAUUAUGUUAGCACAGCUGAAAAAUGUUGUGCUGAUUUAAAGAAGCAAUAAAACUGGCCUUCUUGAGACUAAUUGAGUAUCUGGAGCAUCAGCAAUUGUGGGUUCGAUUACAGGCUCAAAAUGGCCAGAAACAAAUAACUUUCUUCUGAAACUUGUCAGUCUAUUCUUGUUCUGAGAAAUUAAGGCUAUUCCAUGCGAGAAAUUGCCAAGAAACUGAAGAUCUCGUACAGCGCUGUGUACUACUCUCUUCACAGAACAGCGCAAACUGGCUCUAACCAGAAUAGAAAGAGGAGUGGGAGGCCCCGGUGCACAACUGAGCAAGAGGACAAAUACAUUAGAGUGUCUAGUUUGAGAAACAGACGCCUCACACGUCCUCAACUUGCAGCUUCAUUAAAUAGUACCCGCAAAACACCAGUCUCAAUGUCAACAGUGAAGAGGCGACUCCAGGAUGCUGACCUAGGCAGAGUUGCAAAGAAAACGUCCAGUGUCUGUGUGCUUUUGCCCAUCUGAAUCUUUUCUUUUUAUUGGCAAGUCUGAGAUAUGGCUUUUUCUUUGCAACUCUGCCUAGGUCAGCAUCCCGGAGUCGCCACUUCACUGUUGACAUUGAGUCCACCUUUGUGCAAUCUUAAGUGUCAAAUGAUACAUACCCCCAAAAAUCCAUUUUAAUUCCAGGUUGUAAGGCAACAAAAUAGGAAAAAUGCCAAGGGGGGGUGAAAACUUUCGCAAGCAACUUUAUCAGUUCAUAAACCAUAUGCGAUGGAAUCGGUACAUCGAAAAUCUCUUCCAAACUAUUUUGCAAUCUAUUUGCCACAGCUGCCCAUUUUUUGGUCCAUAAAUGAAACUGGUAUAUAUAUAUAUAUAUAUAUAUAUAUAUAUAUAUAUAAUUUUUUUUUAUAUAUCACAAUUUUCUUUAAGCAAUUUUGGUCUUUAAUGCAGGGCCGACAGACAACUUCCUUACUUUUCCCCCUUCCACUUGCCUCUUCCAUUUUUGUGGUAAUGCUGCAAUUAGUUGGUUGUAAUUUUGAGUAGAGCAGACAUUUCCAUAUAUUUUUGUUAGCUGCAUGCGUGACAUAACUCCACCAUUUUGGGUACAGCAGACAUGUCCAUAUAUUUGUGUUAUUUUUGUUGUUUGAUGUGUUUGCGGUAUAUAUUGAUAUAUUGCCUAUAUUGAGUGUAGCCUAUGACUUACCAAUCAAGUUAUGAUCCAAGUUGAUUCUCAUUCUGUCUUUUGUGUCCUUUCCCUUAGCAAGUUCAAAAGAGGCAAGCCUACACGCAAUGGAAGGGCAGCAGCAUGGUGCCAAAGCAACAUCUCUUAGUCAGAAAAACAAUCCCAAGUCCCAACAGAAUAACCUUGAUAAGUGGCUUUUGAACCGUUCCCAAAGCCCCACAAGCCCAGCUUCUGACAUGUCUGAAGCUGCUGAACAACACCAACAACAACAACAACAACAACAACAACAACAGGACGACGUGGAGAUGCUGAGUCCAGACAGCUCUGAUUCUGACUGCAGUCACAAGUUCAACCCCUUCCAGUCUAUGGAGACAGAGACCCAGGCCCAGACCCACAGUUCAGACUCUGAGGAACCUGCUGUCUGUAGCACCAUAGACCUGCAGGAUGAAGAGACAGAGCCCUUAACACCAACUUACAGCCUAAAGGAUCACAAGCCUGUCCCGCAAGUCGCCACAGAUCAAAAGCCUGUCCCGCAAGUCGCCACAGAUCAAAAGCCUGUCCCGCAAGUCGCCACAGAUCACAAGCCUGUCUCGCAAGUCGCCACAGAUCCCAAGCCUGUCUCGGAAGUCGCCACAGAUCCCAAGCCUGUCUCGGAAGUCGCCACAGAUCCCAAGCCUGUCUCGGAAGUCGCCACAGAUCCCAAGCCUGUCUCGGAAGUCGCCACAGAUCCCAAGCCUGUCUCGGAAGUCUCCACAGAUCCCAAGCCUGUCUCGGAAGUCUCCACAGAUCACAAGCCUGUCUCGGAAGUCUCCAUAGAUCAUACAGGGAACAGUGAUGAGCAAACCGAGGAGACCACGAGCCAAAGCAACAGGGAACUGGACAAGCAGCAGGACACAGAAAGAUCCUCCUCAUCCAAGGGUAAAGGAAAAAUAACAGACUUCUAUGCCAGAAAGUUGCCACAAGCCCCAUCCACAAGGUACAGUAUUGAAUACCAAUAAUUUCAGGAGUUGACUUUGUAGGGAGAAAGAGGAGUCCCUGGUGCAGUGGAAGUAACCCAUUUAAGACUAAAUUCUGGGUAAAUGUGUUUUACAUUCAAAUAUGCAAGAGCAACUAGGCCACAUCUUACAGUGCCUUGCAAAAGUAUUCAUCCCCCUUGGCGUUUUUCCUAUUUUGUUGCAUUAAAUAGAUUUUUGUUUUUGGAUUUCAUGUAAUGGACACAUACAAAAUAGUCCAAAUUGGUGAAGUGAAAUGGAAAAAAAAACAAGUUAUUUCAAAGAAUUCUAAAAAAUAAAUAACGGAAAAGUGGUGUGUGCAUAUGUAUUCACCCGCUUUGCUAUGAAGCCCCUAAAUAAGAGCUGGUUCAACCAAUUACCUUCAGAAGUCACAUAAUUAGUUAAAUAAAGUCCACCUUUGUGCAAUCUAAGUGUCACAUGAUCUCAGUAUAUAUACACCUGUUCUGAAAGGCCCCAGUGUCUGCAACACCACUAAGCGCAGUGGUCUAAGGCACUGCAUCACAGUGCAAACUGUGCCACUAGAGAUCCUGGUUCGAAUCCAGGCUCUGUCGCAGCCGGCCGCGACCGGGAGACUCAUGGGCGGCGCACAAUUGGCCCAGCGUCGUCCAGGGUAGGGGAGGGAAUGGCCGGCAGGGAUGUAGCUCAGUUGAUAGAGCAUGGCGUUUGCAACGCCAGGGUUGUGGGUUCGAUUCCCACGGUGGGCCAGUAUAAAAAAAAAAAAAUGUAUUCACUAACUGUAAGUCGCUCUGGAUAAGAGCGUCUGCUAAAUGACUUAAAUGUAAAUGUAAAUGUAAGCAAGGGGCACCACCAAGCAAGCGGCACCAUGAAGAUCAAGGAGCUCUCCAAACAGGUCAGGGACAAAGUUGCGGAGAAGUACAGAUCAGGGUUGGGUUAUAAAAAAAUAUCCGAAACUUUGAACAUCCCACAAAUAAUAUGCCACCACAGCAAACCUGCCAAGAGAGGACCUGCCAAGUUUUCUGGGUUGUAAGGCAACAAAAUAGGAAAAAUGCCAAGGGGGGUGAAUACUUUCGCAAGCCACUGUAGAUACAAGGGCAUAGUACAAAGUCAUACUUCCUGAAUCUCAAGAUUAUAUAGGCUAGGCAUGCUCAAUUACAUAUAGGGUACCCACUUCAUUACAAAUGUUGGUUGAUAGGACAUUGGUGGUACCAGCAGGUUGAGACAGAGGUGGUACCAGCAGGUUGAGACAGAGGUGGUACCAGCAGGUUGAGACAGAGGUGGUACCAGCAGGUUGAGACAGAGGUGGUACCAGCAGGUUGAGACAGAGGUGGUACCAGCAGGUUGAGACAGAGGUGGUACCAGCAGGUUGAGACAGAGGUGGUACCAGCAGGUUGAGUCAGUUUUCGAGACCUGAUAAUUCUGUGUCCUGGGUCGUUCCACCUCAAAAAGUACAAGAGGAUUUCGACAGCCACCAUCUCAGAUUAUUCUGAAAUCGUUUAUGUUGUUAGAAACAGAUAAGAUUUGCAUUCCUGCAACAUUAAUUUGUUGAAAUAUAAUUUGAUCUCUGAGAAAGGAAGCUAAUUGAGUGCAUCAAAAUUGUCAAUUUUUUGGUAUUUAUUAGGAUCCCCAUUAGCCGCUGCAAAAGCAUCAGCUACUCUUCCUGGGGUCCACAUGAAACAUGACAUAAUACAUAAACUCAGCAAAAAAAGAAACGUCCUCUCACUGUCAACUGCAUUUAUUUUCAGCAAACUUAACGUGUAAAUAUUUUGUAUGAACAUAACAAGAUUCAACAACUGAGACAUAAACUGAACAAGUUUCACAGACAUGUGACUAACAGAAAUUGAAUAAUGUGUCCCUGAACAAAGGGGGGGUCAAAAUCAAAAGUAACAGUCAGUAUCUGGUGUGGCCACCAGCUGCAUUAAGUACUGCAGUUCAUCUCCUCCUCAUGGACUGCACCAGAUUUGCCAGUUCUUGCUGUGAGAUGUUACCCCACUCUUCCACCAAGGCAACUGCAAGUUCCCGGACAUUUCUGGGAGGAAUGGCCCUAGCCCUCACCCUCCGAUCCAACAGGUCCCAGACGUGCUCAAUGGGAUUGAGAUCCGGGCUCUUCGCUGGCCAUGGCAGAACACUGACAUUCCUGUCUUGCAGGAAAUCACGCACAGAACGAGCAGUAUGGCUGGUGGCAUUGCCAUGCUGGAGGGUCAUGUCAGGAUGAGCCUGCAGGAAGGGUACCACAUGAGGGAGGAGGAUGUCUUCCCUGUAACGCACAGCGUUGAGAUUGCCUGCAAUGACAACAAGCUCAGUCCGAUGAUGCUGUGACACACCGCCCUAGACCAUGACGGACCCUCCACCUCCAAAUCGAUCCCGCUCCAGAGUACAGGCCUCGGUGUAACGCUCAUUCCUUCGACGAUAAACGCGAAUCCGACCAUCACCCCUGGUGAGACAAAACCUUGACUUGUCAGUGAAGAGCACUUUUUGCAGGUCCUGUCUGGUCCAGCGACGGUGGGUUUGUGCCCAUAGGUGACGUUGUUGCCGGUGAUGUCUGGUGAGGACCUGCCUUACAACAGGCCUACAAGCCCUCAGUCCAGCCUCUCUCAGCCUAUUGCGGACAGUCUGAGCACUGAUGGAGGGAUUGUGCGUUCCUGGUGUAACUGGUGCAGUUGUUGUUGCCAUCCUGUACCUGUCCCGCAGGUGUGAUGUUCGGAUGUACCAAUCCUGUGCAGGUGUUGUUACACGUGGUCUGCCACUGCGAGGACGAUCAGCUGUCCGUCCUGUCUCCCUGUAGCGCUGUCUUAGGCGUCUCACAGUACGGACAUUGCAAUUUAUUGCCCUGGCCACAUCUGCAGUCUUCAUGCCUCCUUGCAGCAUGCCUAAGGCACGUUCACGCAGAUGAGCAGGGACCCUGGGCAUCUUUCUUUUGGUGUUUUUCAGAGUCAGUAGAAAGGCCUCUUUAGUGUCCUAAGUUUUCAUAACUGUGACCUUAAUUGCCUACCGUCUGUAAGCUGUUAGUGUUUUAACGACCGUUCCACAGGUGCAUGUUCAUUAAUUGUUAAUGGUUCAUUGAACAAGCAUGGGAAACAGUGUUUAAACCCUUUACAAUGAAGAUCUGUGAAUUUAUUUGGAUUUUUAGGAAUCAUCUUUGAAAGACAGGGUCCUGAAAAAGGGACGUUUCUUUUUUAGCUGAGUUUAGUGCAGAACAUUAUUAGUCAAGGACUGAAAUACAUACAUUUAAAACGUCACACAUAGCCUACAUGUCAGUACAUACACACAACAUCUAGGUCUAAUACAACGUCUAUUAAUAGGAUUCAGAUUAUAUUCAAUAAAUAUAGUACCUGACAUCCGAUUUGGACCAAACGUUUUUCUAACAAUGAGUUGGACACGAGGAAUCCAAAGGAAUGGUCAAAAGCCACCCACAGACACCCCACGCCGAUAUACUUCACUUCAGACUUUUUAAAGUUACUUAGGCCUAUGUGUAAGCCAUGAAGCAGGUUACUCCUGUUAUUGAUUGUAAGCAAAGAUCCGUAAGGAUAUGAGUGGACUUGGCAUCCGGCUCUUGUCUCCUCAGCAUGCUCGUGUCUCUUGGUUGACCUUUUGAAGUAUUUUCAACAGUAGUUGUUUCAGGGAAAGCUGUGAAGUUUUUUUUUUUUAUUAUUGUUUUUUCACUAUUAGCCUGACUGAAUCUUAAUCAUAGUAUUCAUGAUAGUACUGUGUUCCUGUUACUGCCAGAUAAACAUGCUCCUCUCUGGGGUGUCUGUUGUGACUCUACAAGUGAUCAAUGUCAAAAGGGAGACUAUUGGGGAGUGUUCUGAUGUCUUAUUAAGAUGUUUAUUAUAAACCCUGUUGCUCAUUGCAUCAUGUUGUUGAUCAAUUGCGUAUUCUUUCUUCAGUGGGUUGUGUUAAAGUUGUUUCUCUUUUUCAAUGUGACAGUGCCCAAGCUCCUUCGGACAAACAACACAGAGAUGGAGACGUCCCACGUGAGAAACAACGUGGAGACAGAGACGGAGAUGAUGUCCCUCCACCACCGUCGCCACCGUACGAUUCCAAGUGGCUGGGAAGCCCCAUCAGCGAUCUGAGGAGAAUGCCGCAGUGUGGUCGACCACUCCCACCACUGAAGAAUGCUCCUGACCAUCACACUGUCAUGAUCAGGGUGAGAGAGAGGGCAGCUCCUUGGAAAAUUGAAUGCUUUAGUCAAAGCCGGUGGUGUCAAACUCCUUUAGUCAAAGCCGGUGGUUUCAAACUCAAUGGAGGGCUGAGCGUCUGCUGGUUUUGUUAUUUCCUUUCAAUUUGUGUUCAAUUGGUUCCUAACUAAUCACUGACCUAGACAACCAGGUGAGGGGAGUUCCUAACUAAUCAUUGACCUAGACAACCAGGUGAGGGGAGAUCCUAACUAAUAAUUUACCUAGACAACCAGGUGAGGGGAGAUCCUAACUAAUCAUUUACCCAGACAACCAGGUGAGGGGAGAUCCUAACUAAUCACUGACCUAGACAACCAGGUGAGGGGAGUUCCUACCUAAUCACUGACCUAGACAACCAGGUGAGGGGAGUUCCUACCUAAUCACUGACCUAGACAACCAGGUGAGGGGAGUUCCUACCUAAUCACUGACCUAGACAACUAGGUGAGGGGAGUUCCUAACUAAUCACUGACCUAGACAACUAGGUGAGGGGAGUUCCUAACUAAUCACUGACCUAGACAACUAGGUGAGGGGAGUUCCUACCUAAUCACUGACCUAGACAACCAGGUGAGGGGAGUUCCUACCUAAUCACUGACCUAGACAACCAGGUGAGGGGAGUUCCUACCUAAUCACUGACCUAGACAACUAGGUGAGGGGAGUUCCUAACUAAUCAUUGACCUAGACAACCAGGUGAGGGGAGAUCCUAACUAAUCAUUUACCUAGACAACCAGGUGAGGGGAGAUCCUAACUAAUCAUUUACCCAGACAACCAGGUGAGGGGAGAUCCUAACUAAUCACUGACCUAGACAACCAGGUGAGGGGAGUUCCUACCUAAUCACUGACCUAGACAACCAGGUGAGGGGAGUUCCUACCUAAUCACUGACCUAGACAACUAGGUGAGGGGAGUUCCUAACUAAUCACUGACCUAGACAACUAGGUGAGGGGAGUUCCUAACUAAUCAUUGACCUAGACAACCAGGUACAAGUGAAGAGUAAAAACCAGCAGAUACUAGACCAGGGUUCCCCAACUAGCGGCCUGUGGGCCGAAUUUGGCCGCGAAUGGUUUUAUUUGGCCCCCCCACAUUUUCGGAGCAAAAAAAAAAAUAUAUAUAAUUAAAUUGUUGGACAGAAAAUACUAAAUACACAAACAAAUCAGCUCCAACUGAUUUUAAUUUUGGAAAUCUGUUCCAAAAUAUUCCCACGCGUAAUAUGUGAUCAUAUAGUAAUAAUAUGUGAUCAUAUAGUAAUAAUAUGUGAUCAUAUAGUAAUAAUAUGUGAUCAUAUAGUAAUAAUAUGUGAUCAUAUAGUAAUAAUAUGUGAUCGUAUAGUCUCCUGAGUGGCGCAGUGGUCUAAGGCUCUGCAUCGCAGUGCUAACUGUGCCACUAGAGAUCCUGGUUCGAAUCCAGGCUCUGUCGCAGCCGGCCGCGACCGGGAGACUCAUGGGCGGCGCACAAUUGGCCCAGCGUCGUCCAGGGUAAGGGAGGGAAUGGCCGGCAGGGAUGUAGCUCAGUUGAUAGAGCAUGGCGUUUGCAACGCCAGGGUUAUGGGUUCGAUUCCCACGGGGGGCCAGUAUAAAAAAAAAAAUGUAUUCACUAACUGUAAGUCGCUCUGGAUAAGAGCGUCUGCUAAAAGACUAAAAUGUAAAUGUAAUGUAAUAUACAAAUGUAAGGGAGGUUUGAAAUGAUUAUGUUUUAGUUAAAUGUUAUAUCUGUUUGGUCUUCUUGUGGUCAAUUUGCAGUCUACAAAUUAUUUGUAAUUAUGUUCCGGCCCCCUGACCAUCCGCUAAAGAAUAAAUCGGCCCACCGCUGAAUCUAGUCGAUCCCUGCAUUAGACCCACCGCUGAAUCUAGUUGAUCCCUGCAGUAGGCCCUCCGCUGAAUCUAGUUGAUCCCUGCAGUAGGCCCUCCGCUGAAUCUAGUUGAUCCCUGCAUUAGACCCUCCGCUGAAUCUAGUUGAUCCCUGCAUUAGACCCUCCGCUGAAUCUAGUUGAUCCCUGCAUUAGACCCUCCGGUGAAUCUAGUUGAUCCCUGCAUUAGACCCUCCGCUGAAUCUAGUUGAUCCCUGCAUUAGACCCUCCGUGGAAUCUAGUCGAUCCUUGCAGUAGACCCUCCGUGGAAUGAGUUUGACACCUGUGGUCUAAGCCUUGAUUUGUGCUAGAAUAGUCCUGGUCUCAACAUUUUGUCUUUGUAAGGACAAAGUAUGAUGAACACAUGUGCAUUAUUAAUUAUUAAUUGGUGAAAGUUAGCAAAACACGUGAUUCAUCAUCAUCGUCAUCUGGAGUGGGAUGAAUGGGAGGACCUCCAUUGGUGAUGCCAUUCAUGUACUCAUCAUGCUGUAUUUUCUCUUCAACAGACAGACCUCCUUCAAGCAGGCAAAGUUCCUGUUCCCUAUCCCACCAAGUUCAGAGACAUCUGGGAUGAGGACCAUGUGAAAAUGCCCUGUUCAGAGAGCAGCCUAUUCCCAGUAGGAAAUCAGGUACCGAAGCUACACGUUGUACUGUCAUGUUGAAAUUGGACUCACUAACUACAACUUAAAAAGUUAUCUCCGGCUUACAUCUCUCACCAUUAGGGAAAGAGCUGAUCUACAGUGCCUUUAGAAAGUAUUCAUACCCCUUGACUUAUUUCACAUUUUGUUGCUACAGCCUGAAUUCAAAAUGGAUUAAAUAAAUAAAAAUGAUCACCAAUCUACACACAAUACCCCAUAAUGACAAAGUGAAAACAUGUUUGUAGAAAUGUUAGAACAUCUAUUGAAAAUGAAAUACAGAAAUAUCUCAUUUUCAUAACUAUUCACACCCCUACGUCAAUACAUGUUAGAAUCACCUUUGGCAGUGAAGUCGUUAUGAGCUUUGCACACCCGGAUUGUACAACAUUUGCCCAUUAUUCUUUUCAGAAUUUUUCAAGCUCUAUCAAAUUAAAUCAAUUUUUAUUUGUCACAUGCGCCGAAUACAACAGGUGUAGUGACCUCACAAUGAAAUGCUUACUUAGAAGCCCUUAACCAACAAUGCAAUUUUAAGAAAGAAUACCAAAAAAAAUCACACAAAGAAAUACAAUAUGAAAUAAUACAAAAUAAAAGUAACAAAUAAUUAAAGAGCAGCAGUAAAAAUAACAAUAGCGAGGCUAUAUACAGGGGGUACCGGUACAGAGUCAAUGUGCCGGGGCACCGGUUAGUCGAGGUAAUUGAGGUAAUAUGUAAAUGUAGGUAGAGUUAUUAAAGUGAGUAUGCAUAGAUAAUAAACAGAGUAGCAGCAGCGUGGGUGGGGGAGGGGGGGCAAUGCAAAUAGUCUGGGUAGCCAUUUGAUUAGAUGUUCAGUAGUCUUAUGGCUUGGGGGUAGAAGCUGUUUAGAAGCCUCUUGGACCUAGACUUGGCACUCCGGUACUGCUUGCCGUGCGGUAGCAGAGAGAACAGUCUAUGACUAGGGUGGCUGGAGUCUUUGGCAAUUUUUAGGGCCUUCUUCUGACACCACCUGGUAUAGAGGUCCUGGAUGGCAGGAAGCUUGGCCCCGGUGAUGUUCUGGGCCGUACGCACUACCCUCUGUAGUGCCUUGCGGUCGGAGGCCGAGCAGUUGCCAUACCAGGCGGUGAUGCAACCAGUCAGUUUGUUGGUGAUGUGGACACCAAGGAACUUGAAGCUCUCAACCUGCUCCACUACAGCCCCGUUGAUGAGAAUGGGGGCGUGCUCAGUCCUCUUCUUUUUCCUGUAGUCCACAAUCAUCUCCUUUGUCUUGAUCACGUUGAGGGAGAGGUUGUUGUCCUGGCACCACACAGCCAGGUCUCUGACCUCCUCCCUAUAGGCUGUCUCGUCGUUGUUGGUGAUCAGGCCUACCACUGUUGUCAUCGCAAGCUUAAUGAUGGUGUUGGAGUCGUACCUGGCCAUGCAGUCUUGAGUGAACAGGGAGUACAGGAGGGGACUAAGCACGCACCCCUGAGGGGCCGCUGUGUUGAGGAUCAGCGUGGCAGAUGUGUUGUUACCUACCCUUACCACCUGGGGGCGGCCCGUCAAGAACUCCAGGAUCCAGUUGCAGAGGGAGGUGUUUAGUCCCAGGGUCCUUAGCUUAGUGAUGAGCUUUGAGGGCACUAUGGUGUUGAACGCUGAGCUGUAGUCAAUGAAUAGCAUUCUCAAAUAGGAGUUCCUUUUGUCCAGGUGUGAAAGGGCAGUGUGGAGUGCAAUAGAGAUUGCAUCAUCUGUGGAUCUGUUGAGGCGGUAUGCAAAUUGGAGUGGGUCUAGGGUUUCUGGGAUAAUGGUGUUGAUGUGGGCCAUGACCAGCCUUUCAAAUCACUUCAUGGCUACAGACGUGAGUGCUACGGGUCGGUAGUCAUUUAGGCAGAUUACCUUAGUGUUCUUGGGCACAGGGACUAUGGUGGUCUGCUUGAAACAUGUUGCUAUUACAGACUCAGACAGGGAGAGGUUGAAAAUGUCAGUGAAGACACUUGCCAGUUGGUCAGCGCAUGCUCAGAGUACACGUCCUGGUAAUCCGUCUGGCCCUGCGGCCUGUUUAAAGGUCUUACUCACAUUGGCUACGGAGAGCGUGAUCACAGUCGUCCGGAACAGCUGAUGCUCUCAUGCAUGUUUCAGUGUUACUUGCCUCAAAGCGAGCAUACAGUGGGGAAAAAAAGUAUUUAGUCAGCCACCAAUUGUGCAAGUUCUCCCACUUAAAAAGAUGAGAGAGGCCUGUAAUUUUCAUCAUAGGUACACGUCAACUAUGACAGACAAAUUGAGAAAAAAAUUCCAGAAAAUCACAUUGUAGGAUUUUUAAUUAAUUUAUUUGCAAAUUAUGGUGGAAAAUAAGUAUUUGGUCACCUACAAAAAAGCAAGAUUUCUGGCUCUCACAGACCUGUAACUUCUUCUUUAAGAGGCUCCUCUGUCCUCCACUCGUUACCUGUAUUAAUGGCACCUGUUUGAACUUGUUAUCAGUAUAAAAGACACCUGUCCACAACCUCAAACAGUCACACUCCAAACUCCACUAUGGCCAAGACCAAAGCGCUGUCAAAGGACACCAGAAACAAAAUUGUAGACCUGCACCAGGCUGGGAAGACUGAAUCUGCAAUAGGUAAGCAGCUUGGUUUGAAGAAAUCAACUGUGGGAGCAAUUAUUAGGAAAUGGAAGACAUACAAGACCACUGAUAAUCUCCCUCGAUCUGGGGCUCCACGCAAGAUCUCACCCCGUGGGGUCAAAAUGAUCACAAGAACGGUGAGCAAAAAUCCCAGAACCACACGGGGGGACCUAGUGAAUGACCUGCAGAGAGCUGGGACCAAAGUAACAAAGCCUACCAUCAGUAACACACUACGCCACCAGGGACUCAAAUCCUGCAGUGCCAGACGUGUCCCCCUGCUUAAGCCAGUACAUGUCCAGGCCCGUCUGAAGUUUGCUAGAGUGCAUUUGGAUGAUUCAGAAGAGGAUUGGGAGAAUGUCAUAUGGUCAGAUGAAACCAAAAUAGAACUUUUUGGUAAAAACUCAACUCGUCGUGUUUGGAGGACAAAGAAUGCUGACUUGCAUCCAAAGAACACGAUACCUACUGUGAAGCAUGGGGGUGGAAACAUCAUGCUUUGGAGCUGUUUUUCUGCAAAGGGACCAGGACGACUGAUCCGUGUAAAGGAAAGAAUGAAUGGGGCCAUGUAUCGUGAGAUUUUGAGUGAAAACCUCCUUCCAUCAGCAAGGGCAUUGAAGAUGAAACGUGGCUGGGUCUUUCAGCAUGACAAUGAUCCCAAACACACCGCCCGGGCAACGAAGGAGUGGCUUCGUAAGAAGCAUUUCAAGGUCCUGGAGUGGCCUAGCCAGUCUCCAGAUCUCAACCCCAUAGAAAAUCUUUGGAGGGAGUUGAAAGUCCGUGUUGCCCAGCGACAGCCCCAAAACAUCACUGCUCUAGAGGAGAUCUGCAUGGAGGAAUGGGCCAAAAUACCAGCAACAGUGUGUGAAAACCUUGUGAAGACUUACAGAAAACGUUUGACCUGUGUCAUUGCCAACAAAGGGUAUAUAACAAAGUAUUGAGAAACUUUUGUUAUUGACCAAAUACUUAUUUUCCACCAUAAUUUGCAAAUAAAUUCAUUAAAGAUCCUACAAUGGAAAAAUUCAUUAAAGUACCUAUGAUGAAAAUUACAGGCCUCUCUCAUCUUUUUAAGUGGGAGAACUUGCACAAUUGGUGGCUGACUAAAUACUUUUUUCCCCCACUGUAUGUAUGUGUAUAUAUAUAUAUUUUUUUUUUAAACUGUCAAAAUCAAUCAAUCAAUCAGGUAAACUAAUAAAGGCAUUAGUGUUGCGAUGAUGCAAAUCAAUAUCACGUCCUUGGAAGAACUGACCCCUGACCCCUAACCCCUGCCUGACCUGUACAGUACGAUCAGGAAAGAUGAUGAUGAGGAGGAGGACGAUGGUGAUUAACUUCCUGUUUUUGCAGGAGGUGCAGGGACGGUGGGAAUUGAUCCCAAAUACUUAUUUUCCACCAUAAUUUGCAAAUAAAUUCAUUAAAAAUCCUACAAUGUGAUUUUCUGGAAAAAAAAUUCUCAAUUUGAGUAAGAGAGCGCUGUGGUAGAACCGUUUGUGGGAACAUUUCUCGCUGUGGGACUGCAGAUACGGCUCAAAAUGGAAGUACAGGCAACAUAACCCACUCUGUUAUUAUCUCUUUAUCGAGCACAAAGGUCACGUUGCCCUGCUCAGAUGUUACAUGCGUCAACCAAUGGUGGCGUGCCAUGUCAUCGCCUGCGCCGUCAGAUUGCUAUAACAUAUGAUGUGUUAGUAAAUAGACCUACUUCUGUAGCUUGAUGUACAAGUAUACCCCCUGGACAGGACACUAGUCUGGCGCAGGGCCUGACCCCCUAAUCUCCUUAUUGCCAAGCAGAGAUGCAUCCAGUCCCAUUUUUUUACAGCCUUAUUGUAUGACUCGGCCAGGGAUUGAUCUCACAAACCUUCCAAUCUCAGGGCGGACGCUCUAAUCACAAGGCCACUGAGUUGGUGAUAAUGUGGUUAGCUAACGUGUAAAAUAACUAUCCAGCCGUUGUAAGAUCUAGCACGCGGCAGCAAUGUCUGAGCAAGGGAACACGACCGAAGCAAAAGUCACACAAUUCACAUCGUUUUUUUUUUUUAACAAGUUACAUUUGUUAUGAAUAAAUCAAAAGCACAAUCAUGAAUAUAUUGGUCAAUUUACAGUAAGAAAAUGCAUGGUUAUCUUCAUAUUUGCUAAACAGAUUAUAUUUGUUGUAGUAAUGGCAUAUCAGUAAAAUCUAUGUUUAUAAACUGAGCAAAAAUAUAAACGCAACAUGCAAUUUUAACGAUUUUACUGAGUUACAGUUCAUUUAAGGAAAUCAGUCAAUUGAAAUUAAUUCAUUAGGCCCUAAUCUAUGGAUUUCACAUGACUGGGCAGGGGUGCUGCCAUGGGUGGGCCUGGGAGGGCAUAGGCCAACCCACUGAGGAGCCAGGCCCAACCAAUCAGAAUUAGUUAUUUCCCACAAAAGGGCUUUAUUACAGACAGAAAAACUCCUCAAUUUCAUCGGCUCUCCGGGUGGCUGGUCUCAGACGAUCCCGCAGGUGAAGAAGCCAGAUGUGGAGGUCCUGAGCCGGAGUGGUUACACGUGGUCGGCGGUUGUGAGACCGGUUGGACAUACUGCCAAAUUAUUGAGAAACUUUUGUUAUUGACCAAAUACUUAUUUUCCACCAUAAUUUGCAAAUAAAUUCAUUAAAGAUCCUACAAUGGGAUUUUCUGGAUUUUUUUUUCUCAUUUUGUCUGUCAUAGUUGACGUGUACCUAUGAUGAAAAUUACAGGCCUCUCUCAUCUUUUUAAGUGGGAGAACUUGCACAAUUGGUGGCUGACUAAAUACUUUUUUCCCCCCACUGUAUGUAUGUAUGUAUGUAUGUAUAUAUAUAUAUAUAUAUAUAUAUAUAUAUAUAUAUAUAUAUAUAUAUAUAAUUUUUUUUACUGUCAAAAUCAAUCAAUCAAUCAAUCAGGUAAACUAAUAAAGGCAUUAGUGUUGCGAUGAUGCAAAUCAAUAUCACGUCCUUGGAAGAACUGACCCCUGACCCCUAACCCCUGCCUGACCUGUACAGUACGAUCAGGAAAGAUGAUGAUGAGGAGGAGGAUGAUGGUGAUUAACUUCCUGUUUUUGCAGGAGGUGCAGGGACGGUGGGAACUGAUCCAGAAAGCUUUGAACAGAGUCUUCUGCACCUCCCAUGAUGUGAAGGUAAGUUAAUGACUAAAUUGAUAUGCUGUUUGUUCACUGUGGAGCAAUGUAUUUAACAUAUACAGUGUCUAUUGUUGACCAGAUGCAUCGUUAUUAGUCAUUAUUAGCAAUAUUAAGAGAAAGGAUGUUUAUGUGGUGUUCAAAUGUGUUUUAGAUAGACAACUAUCCAUCAAAUCCAUGAUUGUGGAAAUAAUACAUGUUAUUACCUGAAUUGGCCAUGAGAUGGCGCCAAGAUCCCGGAAAUCAAGGCAAAGACACUGCUAAAAAGGCAUGUGCUGAACAUGUUUUAUGACAUUUAUUGGUGUGCAUUCCCCAUUUUAGAAUGCCAUAUUGAAAUACAAUGUCGCUCAUGCCAAGAGAUGGGACUUCACAGCCCUUCAUUUGUUCUGCAACAAGGUAAGAAAUAAUGUUAUUGAUUUUAAUGAACAACCUCCUAAAAAAAAUAUAGUCAUCAGGUGGACCAUCUGGGUCCAAGGACAUCUGAAAAUAAAAUAAUGUCUGGCCUCAUCAGUUAAACACACACGCACACACUCAACAUCAGGUUUUUAAGAACCCCUAUUAAACUAAUCAAGUGUUUAGUACCCGUGAAUAUACCAGUCGGAUUGGCCAGCAUAAACCACGGGCCUGUAGUGAUCUGCUCUGGGCUAGGUUCAGACACAGCACAGAUGGCUCAUUUGCCAAUGAUCCUAUCAGCUGUGUAAGUCAUCUGGUUACAUCUACGUGCCUCUCUAAAGACGGCAACCGUUAUACAGCGGACGCUGUACUUUUAGCUAUGUAUUUUCCUGUGAAAUAGUUUUGAAGUGAUACACUGCUGAAAUUUAAUAAGUGCUCUAUCAAUAUCUGUCUUCUACUAAUAUUUAAUAUCCUACAAAUUGCUUGUAAAAAAUAAAUAAAAAAUAAAGAUUAAAUAACAUCUCAUGGAACGUUAGGGACUGUGAGGGGACACACUAACACGCACACUAUUUUGUCGGUGUAUUUUAAAUUUGUGUGACUGCCUUUUGUGUAUCAGUGUUUCGUUACUUGUCAUGUUUUGUGUAGACCCCGUGAAGAGGAGCUUCUGCAAAAGUUUAAUGGGGAUCCUAAUAGACAAAUAGUCAUUCAUUUGGUUGGUUUAAAGCAGAAAAUCACUUUUUUUUUUGUUUUUGUUUAUAUGGCUUUAAAUUCAUUCUCUGUAAAUUGUGAAUAACUUACUCUCGGGGACUAUCCUAUUUACGGUCUGAAGCUCAAUGGGGUCUUGGAUAGAUGUUGCCAUUUACAGGGCUAUGCAGCCCAGGGAAGAUCUGGAUACACUCAUACACAGGGACGAGAGAUGCUAUGCAGCCCAGGGAAGACCUGGAUACACUCAGUGAUGAGAGAGCUGCCUUAUUGGCUAGGGCUAUGCAGCCCAGGGAAGACCUGGAUACACUCAGUGAUGAGAGAGCUGCCUUAUUGGCUAGGGCUCUGUCACUGGUCUGUCUGUUCUAUCUAGUGGCAAACUGGACAUCCUCUACUCCUCUCUGUCUCUCUCUCUCUGUCUCUGUCUCUGUCUCUGUCUCUGUGUCUCUGUCUCACUCUCCCUGUCUCUCUUUGUCUCUGUCUCUCUCCCUGUCUCUGUCUCUCUCUCUCUCUUUCUCUCUCCCUGUCUCUCUCUCUCUCUUUCUGUCUCCCUUCUCCUGUCCUGUCUCUGUCUCUCUCUCUCUCGUCUCCCUCUCUCUGCUCUCCUCUUCUCUCUCUCUUCUGUCCUCGAUCUCCUCGCUCUCUUCUCUCUCUGUCUCUCUCCUCUCUCUAUCUCUCUCUCUCCCUCUCUCUCCUCCGCUGUCUCUCUGUCUCUCGUUCUAUCUCUGGUCUCGUCCUGUUCUCUUCCCUCUCUCUCUCUCUCUUUACUGCUCUCUCCCUGUCUGCAUCUCUCGCUCUCUCCUGUCCUUGCUCUCUCUUUCUCUCUCCCUGUCUCUCUCCCUGUCUCUCUCUCUCUGUCUCUGUCUCUCCUCUCUUUCUGUCUUCUCUCUCUUAUCUGUCGCCAGUUGGCACCUGGCCUGUCUAGUGGCCAUCUAUCCUCUCUCCUCUUUCCCUCUCUUUUCUCUUGCUGUGUUGCUAUAGCUACAGUCCUUGCUUGGUUCCAGAUCUUUGUGCUCUCUUGCUGACGAUCACAACGUGAGUUGGCAAGACAACACUAACCCAUCUAGGACCAUGCUACUACAGACCAGCCAGUCAGAGAGACCCUCCAAAGAAACAUAACAUCAGCACCUGCCUGCUAUCUAGCUGACAGUCGCUAGGGAAAUGGGAUCAAUCUGCCUGAAUUGUAGCAGUGAAAAAUGUAAUUGAUAUAAUAUGUACAGUAUGUAUGAGAGUGGCAAUGCUGUGUUGGCAGCUAUACAUGCAGAGGGGAACUGGAGUCAAGAGAACUCAUUUAAUCCCAUUCCGUCAAAAGGUAGUGUUUAGUAUGAGGAAAACAGCUGCCUGACUUCACAGAGAAACACAAUGCAUUAUUCCAUUCUUAAACCUGUCAAAUUGAUUUGCAAAACACUAUGUCAUAAAUCACGUUAUAGAGUGAAUUAUUUAAGAUUUUCUUACAGUGACAAAUAGGAAAUAGACUACAUGACUAAAAGUAUGUGGACACGUGCUCGUCGAACAUCUCAUUCCAUAAUCAUGACCGUUAAUAUGGAGUUGGUCCCCCCCCCUUUGCUGCUACAACAGCCUCCACUCUUCUGGGAAGGCUUUCCACUAGAUGUUGGAACAUUGCUGUGGGGACUUGCUUCCAUUCAAAUCAAAUCAAAUGUAUUGGUAACAUACUAUUUAGCAGACGUUAUUGCGGGUGGUAGUGAAAUGCUUAUGUUCCUAGCUCCAACGGUGCAGUAGUAUAUAACAAUACACAGCAAUACACACACAUCUAAAGUAAAAGAACGUCGAACUGCCAGAUGGUAAAGCGUGAUUCAUCACUCCAGAGAACAUGUUUCCACUGCUCCAGAGUCCAAUGGCGUCGAGCUUAACACCACUCCAGCCGACACUCGGCAUUGCGCAUGAUGAUCUUUAGGCUUGUGUGUGGCUGCUCGACCAUUUCAUGAAGCACCCGACUAACAGUUCUCGUGCUGACGUUGCUUCCAGACGCAGUUUGGAACUCGAGUGUUGCAACCGAGGACAGACGAUGUUUUACGCGCUUCACCACUCGGGGGGGGUCCCGUUCUGUGAGCUUGUGUGUCCUACCACUUCGCCUCUGAGCCGUUGUUGCUCCUAGACGUUUCCACUUCCCAAUAACAGCACUUACAGUUGACCGGGGCAGCUCUAGCAGGGCAGAAAUGUGACUAACUGACUUAUUGGAAAGGUGGCAUACUAUGACGGUGCCAUGUUGAAAGUCACUGAGCUCUUCAGUAAGGCCAUUUUACUGGAGAGAGGGGGGGGGGGGGGGAGAGAGGGAGGGAUGGGGGGGGGAGAGGGAGGGAUGGGGGGGGGAGAGAGCGGGAGGGAUGGGGGAGAGAAGGAGGAAUGGGGGGAGAGAGGGAGGGAAUGGGGGAGAGAGAGGAGGAGGGAUUGAGGGGGGAGGGAGGGAUGAUGGGGGGGGGGAGAGAGGGAGGGAUGGGGAGAGAGGGAGGGAGGGUGGGUGGGAUGGGGAGAGAGGAGGGUGGGAGGGGGAGGGUGGGUGGGAUGGGAGAGGAGGAGGAUGGGGGAGAGAGAGAGAGGGAUGGGGGAGGGAUGAAGGAGGGUUGGAUGUAGGGGUGAAAGGGGGAGAUGGAGGGAUGUAAGGGUGACUGGCAGGGGAUGAUCUGGAUGACACCCUCAUAGAAUACUCAUUCUAGAAGAUACAUCUAAUGAAUAGUAGAAAAGCCUGUGACCGACAGUAUCAGAUUUGUUUUCCUUUACCUCUCCCUGGUAUUGGUGGAUAUGAGCGGACACAAGUGUUUUCAUUUUUACACGGUCACAUAUCCGGAGAGCAGUGGAGAAGAGGUAGUGGUAAAUCUUAAUCUGUCUCCAUCUUCGGCAGCCCCCUGUCCUCUCUCAGGCGGCCCCCUCCUCUCUCAGGCAGUCCCCCUCUCCUCUCCUCUCUCAGGCAGUCCCCCUCUCCUCUCCUCUCUCAGGCAGUCCCCCUCUCCUCUCCUCUCUCAGGCAGUCCCCUCUCCUCUCCGCCCUCCAGCAGCCUCCUCUCCGCUCUCCGGCAUCCCCCUCUCCUCUCCUCUCCUCUCCGCUCUCCGUCAGCCCCCUCUUUCUUGAUGACUUUCAGUUUGAUGUGAUGUAUAGACCUGUUUCAAGUCAUACAGCCAGUGUUAGUUCAGUUGAUUUGAUGCACUGUCUCCCUGUGAUUUAGAGGUAACCCGGGGCAAUGCUAGCUCAGCUAUAUCCCAUUUCUCCCAUCCCUACCCAUCAGGCCCUGCUUCAUUCAUUAUGCCCAGAGGGACCCUUUAUGAUAUCCCCCAGGUUAUUAGUUAUGACAGCGUUUAGUCAGGCCCUGUUUGCUGUAAUAUAAACAUCCCUCCUAUGGCCCAACGUUUUAAAUCGCCAGUCAAGGCUCCCUGUCUCUACCCUCCCGCUGUUCAGGAAGGGAACACACUUCCUAUCCCUCGCACACAGACGUGCACACACUGACAGACGCGCACGCACAAAGGCAGGCAGGCACGUGCACGUGCACAUACACACUCAUGGCUCAUUAGCAUCUGUUCCAGGAAGAAGCCGCGUUUAAAUCAGCCCAGUCCUCUUGCUCCCUCCCUGAAACCUGGUUGAAUAACGGCUAUAAAUAAAUACAUUGUAGUAAAUAUCUUCCACGAUAGAAUAACAGCACUUAGGCCUAUACGGGUCAUUCUACAGAAGGGGUGCAAAUUGGGGGGUGUAAAAAAAUUAUAAUCUAAUUUGUAUCAUAUUUUUCCCAGACUUUCAGCACACGUCUUCCAGGUAGACAUAUAUACCACCCACACUCUUUGUAUUGCAUAUUUUACAGAUUAACCUUAAUUCCUUACAACCCCACUAAAUAUGUCACUACCGAAACAAGUUUAAAUAAAGGGAGAAAAAUGCACAGUAGUGAUCAUUUUGAUUAACGUUCUAUUACAGAUUAAUUACAGAAAUUGUAUUUGCACACUAAAAUUAACAAAAUAGUAAAACCAGGAUUUUAACCUGAUUUUCAAAACCUUUAAAUUGAAUCUAGGGAAAUAUAAUCUCUAUUGUUCUCUGUAAAUGUUCAAUGUUGAUGGUAUGAAUAUGAAACGUGUUGUUUGAUUGAAUUACUUAUGCAUCUAAUGAAUUGUGUUAAUGUUUAAAUGAUCACUUUAGCUAUCUUUAUUUUGGCAAAAUAGAGCACAGUAGAGUACAGCAGAAUACAAUAUAGUACAGUACAUUACAGCAGUAUAGCGCAUUAGACCGUUUUGGCCCAAAUAGAUGUCAGUGUUUGGCCUCUUAGAGGGUUGGAGCCCCCCCUGCUGGCUAUGCAUCUCAAUACUCUACACUUUUUCCUGAAGUGUGCACUUGUCCACUACCCACAUGGUGGUCCUCUGUCGCUCAGUUGGUAGAGCUUUAAAAUGGAGCUGCCCGUUCUGUAACAGAUAGAAAGAUGAUACAGACCUCUAUGUACACUACAUGACCAAUAGGAUGCUCGUCCAACAUCUCGUUCCAAAAUCACGGGCGUUUAAUGUGGAGUUGGUCCCCCCCCCCCCCCCCUUUGCUGCUAUAACAGCCUCCACUCUUCUGGGAAAGGCUUUCCACUAGAUGUCGGAACAUUGCUGCGGGGACUUGCUUCCAUUCAGCCACAAGAGCAUUAGUGAGGUCGGGGCACUGAUGUUGGGCGAUCAGGCCUGGCUCGCAGUCGGCGUUCCAAUUCAUCCCAAAGCUGUUCGAUGGGGUUGAUGCCCCAACCAGUUAAAGUUCUUCACACCGAUCUCAAUAAACCAUUUCUGUAUGGACCUGCACAGGGGCAUUGACAUGCUGGAAACAGGAAAGGACCUUCCCCAAACUGUUGCCAUAAAGUUGGAAGCACAGAAUCGUCUAGAAUGUCAUAGUAUGAUGUAGCGUUAAGAUUUUCCUUCACUGGAACUAAGGAGCCUAAACCGAACCAUGAAAAACAGCCCCAGACCAUUAUUCCUCCUCCACAAAACUGUACUGUUGGCACUAUGUAGCUCAGUUGGUAGAGCAUGGCGCUUGCAACACCAGGGUUGUGGGUUCGAUUCCCACGGGGGGCCAGUAUGAAAAAAAAUAAGAAAUGUAUGCACUAACUGUAAGUCGCUCCGGAAAAGAGCGUCUGCUAAAUGAUUUAAAAUGUAAAAAUGUAACACUAUGCAUUGGGGCAGGUAGUGUUCUCCUGGCAUCCGCCAAACCCAGAUCCGUCCAUCGGACUGCCAGAUGGUGAAGCGAGAUUCAUCACUCCAGAGAACGCGUUUCCACUGCUCCAGAGUCCAAUGGCGGCGAGCUUUACACCACUCCAGCCGACGCCUGGCAUGGUGAUCUUAGGCUUGUGUGCGGCUGCUCGGCCAUGGAAACCCAUUUCAUUAAGCUCCUGACGAACAGUUCUUGUCCUGACGUUAUUUCCAGAGGCAGUUUGGAACUCAGCAGUGAGUGUUGCAACGAAGACAGAUGAUUUUUACGCGCUACGUACUUCAGCACUCGGCGGUGCCCGUUCUGUGAGCGUGUGUGCCCUACCACUUCUCGGCUGAGCCGUUGUUUCUCCUAGACAUUUCCACUUCACAAUAACAGCACUUACAGUUGACCGGGGCACCUCUAGCAGGGCAGAAAUUUGACAAAACUGACUUGUUGGAAAGGUGGCAUCCCUAUGACGGUGCCACGUUGAAAGUCACUGAGCUCUUCAGUAAGGCCAUUCUACUGUCAAUGUUUGUCUGUGGAGAUUGUAUGGCUGUGUGGUUGUUAUUGUUUUGAUCAUGCGUGGUUUAAAACCCAAUAGGCUAAUGUCACAGCGGAGCUCUCUGUGUUGAACUAACAUAAACAAACCUAUUUCCUUCUUCUAUCUAAAGGGUCUGGAGGCUGAUGCUGUUGAACAUCUGUUUGGGGCUCUGCUGCCAGACAUGGUCCAAUUAGCGCUGAGGGCGUCUGAGCUGUGUACCAAGGUAACUACAUCUGCAGUCCUGUGUACCCACUGUGGUAUUACGUGACACACAAGCUUCAAACAGGACACAAUUUUGAGUAUCUGAGCCGUAUGCCAAGGUAACAUCACACACACUCGUGUAGUCUCUGAAUCGCUCACAGGUCCCGUUCUGUGAGCGUGUGUGUCCUACCACUUCUCGGGCUGAGCCGUUGUUGCUCCUAGACGUUUCCACUUCACAAUAACAGCACUUACAGUUGACCGCCCUCAGUACUCCCAUCAAAAAGGAGUACUGAGGGCGUCUGAGCUGUGUACCAAGGUAACUCCAUACAUAGGACAUGGGACAGAGUGUAGGCCUGACUGACUGACACUGUGGAAAGCACAGUAGGCUGGUGACAUCUUUAAUUGGGGAGGACGGGGCUCAUGGGAAUGGCUGGAAUGGAAUGGUAUCGAACACAUCAAAUACAUAUUUUCCAGGUGUUUGAUUCCAUUCACUCCAUUCCAGCCGUUUUAUUAUGAGCCGUCCUCCCCUCAGCAGCCUCCUGUGGUGGACAGUGGACCGAAAAGGUCAGAGAAAAGAGGGUGUCAAGGUGGGGGGGGGGGGGGGGGAGGUCAGGGUAUCAGCCUUACUGUUCGCUUAUCAAAGGUUUCUGGUCUGCCUGUUAGACCAAGGCUGCUCCUGAAAUUACACGCUUUUCUCUAAAUAGUGCUCUGCUUUUGAUGUUGUGCACUACUUUUUGACCAGGGCUUAAGUCAAAAGUAGUGCACUAUAUAGGGAAUAGACACCUAUGGGCCCUGGUCAGAAGUAGUGCACUAUAUAGGGAAUAGAUACCUAUGGGCCCUGGUCAGAAGUAGUGCACUAUAUAGGGAUUAGGGUGCCAUUUGGGAUGCAAGCCCAUGAUGGACAAUGCAGAUCUGCAGCCGGAACACUUUCAUUAGCAGGCCGUCCGGAACCUGUCGGCCAAGCAGUCAGUAAUCAAGUUGCUCCCCAGACGGAAGUCCAAGAUUGAGCUCAGGGGAAUAUGCAAAAAAAAAACAAGCCUUUGGACUGAAAUGUGGUUUUUGAUAAAUGCUUUUUGAAAGAAGUAUAGCAGGGAUAAUUUCACAUAUGAUUCGUUUGAUUCUGUAUGCUUUUAAAUGUAUAAUUAAAAUGUAUGUUUUUUAAAAUAUUUUUUUAUAGUUAUUUUUUGCACAAUAACAUAAUAAACAGUUGUGCAAUAAUUCAUAAUCACCCAUCUACCCCCCCCCCCCCCCAUCUACCCUGUCAACCCCCCCCUAAAAAAAUGAAAAGAAAAAGAAAACUCACACAAAAACAUCUUUGCUCCAUAUUUAAUGUUAGGCCUUAGUAGACUUGGGCGGUAUCCAGAUUAUCAUACCUUCAUACCGACCUUGUGCCAUACUGGGAUACUCGGUAAUACCAUCACUGAACACAAGGGGCGCUGUUUUCAAACCCCGCUGAUACUCUGUAAUCCGAUGGUUAGCAAUGCUAACAAGUAAUGUAAAAUCCCAUAGAGAAUGCUAACUAAAUACUAAUGAGCGCAUUGCGCACACUUUAUACAGUCUCUGACCUAAACUAUACAAGUAACUCAAAAAUGCUACUCACAGUUUGCUGCACCCACAAAACUAAUAUUAGACAGUAAGGCUCUUGAUUCAGGAGGGGAUUCUCUGCUGUUACUAAGUGAAUGCUUGAUUUUGGAGGAAGCUAACCACUUAGCUAGAUCGCUAACUAGCUACUAAAUUAGCAAACAAAAUACACAACUGCAGAGCAUUAAGUUAAUUUAAUAGUUAUAAGAUAUCUAGCUGUCAAGCAUUUAGUUGUGAAUUCCAUCCUGUAAUUGGAUCACCUGGCGCAUGCUGCUCAACAGUGAGUGACUCACAAGGCUCUGGUCUCUCUUCAUUGUGUGCUUGUAAACAAAACACCAUGUGACUGGGGACUAUCCGUAAGCUUCAUAAUGAACAAUUAUGUGACAGGUGAAAUGAAGAAUGCAAUGUUAUUUUUCUCCUAACGGUAUUGCACAAGUUGACUGCAGGGAUUUACUUAAAAGUUGCUACAAAUAUAAAAAAAAACUUUCAAGAAAUAGUUUCAACGGUAUUGACGAUAUUGAAAAACCAUCCUGUGGCUUUUUCCAAAUACCCCGGGUAUAAGGGAUAUACUGUAUACUGGACAAGCCUUAGGCUACAUGUUCAGACCAUCCCUGAAACGAGCAUCAGUGAACCUCCCCAAAAUAGAAAGACCAUGUACGUUCUGCGUAGACCACUAGAUUCUAUAACUCAAGCGGAUUCUGGGCCCCCCAGAUUAGAGCUAUCUUGGCCAUAAGGAGCCAGCUAGUCUGAGAUGGAUUGAAAUGCCGUCUGAGGUCCUCAGAGAGAGCCUCUUGAAAUCUAUUGGUUGUCUGUGAGGUACUGCAGCAGCCUGGACCAGAGAUUAAUGGAGGGCCCAAGCCGAAUGGGCUCGGUCCCCAUUACAUUUUUACAUUUUAGUCAUUUUAUGACUUAUCCAGAGCGACUUACAGUUAGUGAGUGCAUACAUUAUUAUUAUUAUUAUUAUUAAUUUAAAAAAAAAAAUGUUCAUACUGGCCCCCUGUGGGAAUUGAACCCACAACCCUGGCGUUGCAAACGCCAUGCUCUACCAACUGAGCUACAUCCCCUGCCGGCCAUUCCCUCCCCUACCCUGGACGACGCUGGGCCAAUUCUGCACCGCCCCAUGGGGUCUCCCGGUCGCGGCUGGCUACGACAGAGCCUGGAUUCGAACCAGGAUCUCUAGUGGCACAGCUAGCACUGCGAUGCAGUGCCUUAGACCACUGCUCUCUCUGCCUAACACCAAAUUGGGAACUAGCGCCGAUCUAGCUCUCUGAUUUAUGUGGUGGAUAUGUCAGCAGUCAGGACGGUGUGCAGAGACUCAUUUGUAUUCUCUUGAUUUGAACAAGGAACAAAAAAACUACCUUUAUCAUUUUUCCUUAACCACUAAUUUGUGAAAAGGUUGAUUCUCUGUCCUCGUGGUGCCUUUGUGCCGAUUAGGACGAACCUGAUCUAGUAUGUGUAUCAUCUAUUCUACAUUAGUCUCCUACCACUGCUCUUUCUCAGUUACAUUUUAUGCCAACAAAAUUACUACCACUUAUGUUAAAUGCGUUGUAUAUUUGCAAACCCUCAAUCCGGAUUAGUAAUUUAGCCCUACUUGAGUUAAAUAGAUUAUAGAUUAUAGAUGACCCUCGACUGUGAUUAAGGCUAUGCUGGUUGAUUUUAAACAUCCCACAAGUAGGGCCUAAAUUAGUUCAUUUAAUUCAUAUCAUUCAGCUGUCUUGUUUAACUCACCAAACUAAUUGUUUUGACCCCCUUAAUCAGCGCUUUGUCUGCUUCCAAAAUGACACCCUAUUCGAAAUGUCAGCGUUUCCCAACUCCAGUCCUCCCAACAGCACACAUUUUAUUGUAGCCCCCGGGACAAACUCACCUGAUUCAACUUGUCAACUAAUCAUCAUCAAGCCCUCAAUGAGUUGAAUCAGGUGAGUUUGUCCAGGGCUACAAUAAAAUGUGUGCUGUUGGGAAACACUGCCCUAUAUAGUGCACUACUUUAGACCAGAACCAUAGGAUACUAUUUCAUACGCACCCUUGUCUUUUCCCAAGUCGAUCCUUCUCCUUAAGGAAUGAAUGAACCUAUCAAUCACAAACCCUGGUGUUUUUGGAUUCACAGACUGCGCCUAUAAAUGACCAAAAUAAUGAUAUUGACCUCCCUCAAUCACAGCUUUGGCCAUUUACUACACGUUUACUCCACUACUACACGUUUACUCCACUACUCUACCUUUACUCCACUACUCUACAUUUACUCCACUACUCUACAUUUACUCUACAUUUACUCCACUACUCUACAUUUACUCUACAUUUACUCCUCUACUCCACAUUUACUCCACUACUCCACAUUUACUCCACUACUCCACAUUUACUCCACUACUCCACAUUUACUCCUCUACUCCACAUUUAUUCCACUACUCUACAUUUACUCUACAUUUACUCCACUACUCUACAUUUACUCCACUACUCUACAUUUACUCUACAUUUACUCCACUACUCUACAUUUACUCUACAUUUACUCCACUACUCUACAUUUACUCUACAUUUACUCCUCUACUCCACAUUUACUCCACUACUCCACAUUUACUCCACUACUCCACAUUUACUCCACUACUCCACAUUUAUUCCACUACUCUACAUUUACUCCAAUACUCUACAUUUACUCCACUACUCUACAUUUACUCCACUACUCCACAUUUACUCCACAUUUACUCCACUACUCCACAUUUACUCCAAUACUCCACAUGUACACCUCUACUCCACAUUUAAUCCACUAAAAAAUCAAGUAACUAAGUCUCUCUGGAUAAGACCGUCUGUUAAAUUACUAAAAUGUAAAUGCAAGUCAAGAAAUCCUUGUCUUUUCCCCAGCCCAUCCCUCUGCUGAAGGAAGGGAUGAACCACUCCAUCACCCUGUCUCAGGAGCAGGUGGCUUCUCUAUUGGCCAACGCCUUCUUCUGUACCUUCCCCCGACGCAACGCCAGGAAGGCAGAGUACGCCAACUACCCUGACAUCAACUUCUGC